CUCAAUAGGUCAGUUCCAAAUCAAUGUUAGUACAUAAUUUAUAUUUACCUCCAUUAAAGCCGAGCUCUGCUAGCCAGUUCUAAUAAAAUUUGUAAAAAAAGGCUGAUACCGUUCAUAUUUAUACUCAACCAGAAUGGAAACUAUAUUCUAUAAAAUCUGUCACUCCAGUGGUAAAAAUCAUACGUUUCUGAGCUGUUUGCGACGAAGGAACUUAACAACUUUCAAGAAUUUAAAUAAAGAAAUGACAAAACUUCAAUUAUCAGAACGAGAUGAUGUAUUGAAGCCAUUCUUACAAAAAGGUUGGACCAUUAAAACUGAAAGAGAUGCCAUGUACAAGGAAUUUUCUUUUAAAAAUUUUAAUGAGGCAUUUAGUUUCAUGACUAGCAUUGCUCUUGAAGCAGAAAAAAUGGAUCAUCAUCCCGAAUGGUUCAAUGUUUACAAUAAAGUAAAUAUAACUCUUACAUCUCACGAUGUCAGCGGUCUAUCUCAACGUGAUAUUAAGCUCGCGAAAUUUAUCGAAAAUAAAUUGCAACUUAUGUGAUAACCACGUAAUAGAGUACAGUUUUUUUUUUAAUUUUUUCAUUGAUUGUGCUCAUUUAUCUUUAAUUGAAGUUAUUAAACUUUAUUCGGCAUAUCUCACAAAAAGAUUGUGCUUUACUCAUGUAAUAAAAAUAUAUUUUUUUUAAAGAUCAGUGAGUUAUAUCACCGAUUUUUAAUUAGUGCUAAUAUUGUUGUAAUUCACUGAAUAGUAUACCAAAUUUUCUUUUGAUAUAUUAUUGUAAGAAAAUAAAACGCCUCCAAUGAAA